GCCGCCCCGCCUCACCGCGCUGCCUGCUCCCUUCGGCCUGCUCUCUCCUCACGGGCGCCCCGGAGCCGCCGGCCCACGCCACGCCACACCGGGCAGGCGGAGGUGCCCUCGCUGUCCUUCAUCCCGUCAGGCGGAGGUAUUUGAAGAAAUAGCCUCAAGAUGAACUUCUUCCUGGAAACAUUAAAAGUCAUCGGACUUUCUUUUUAUUACCUGCUGGAGUCCCUAGUGUUCUUGGUUGUGCCUAGACGGAAGAAGAAUGUUAGUGGUGAAAUAGUAUUAAUAACAGGGGCAGGAAGUGGCAUUGGAAGACUCUUAUCUUUAAAGUUUGCCAGCCUUGGAGCCACAGUGGUUCUCUGGGACAUUAAUCAAGAGGGGCUCAAGGAGACAAGCAGACUGGCCAGAGAAAACGGAGCGGUCAGAGUGCACUGUUACAUCUGUGACUGCAGCAGAAGGCAGGACGUCUACAGAGUAGCUGAUCAGGUUAAAAAAGAAGUUGGCGAUGUUAGCAUCCUCAUCAACAAUGCUGGUAUUGUUACUGGGAAGUCAUUUAUGGAUUCUCCAGAUUCACUUGUGGAAAAAAGCAUGGAAGUGAACAUAAUGGCACAUUUCUGGACUUACAAGGCCUUCCUCCCAGCGAUGGUGGCCUCUAACCACGGACACUUGGUUAGCAUUGCAAGCGCGGCGGGAUUAAUUGGAGUCAAUCGCCUUGCAGAUUACUGUGCAAGUAAAUUUGCAGCAGUUGGUUUUGCGGAGUCAGUUGACAUCGAGAUGAGAGUUCUGGGAAAGACUGGCAUUAAAACCACAAUCGUGUGCCCUUUCUUCAUAAACACAGGAAUGUUUGAUGGCUGUGGAACCAAGUGGCCGAGGCUGCUUCCUGCUCUGGAGCCAGAGUAUGUGGCUGAGAAGAUAAUGACUGCUAUUCGGCGGGACCAAGAAAUAUUGAUGAUACCACGCAGUCUCUAUUUCAUAAUCUCAUUGAAACAAUUCCUACCGGUGAAACUUACCGUUCUCUUUUCGGACUAUUUUGGAAGCCUCCAUGUCAUGGAUAACUUCAGAGGUCGACAGAAGAAGGACUGAAAAGGCACAAAAUUCAGAGACCUGCAACCCUUAAGUGGACCUUUUUAAAGGUGGUGGUGUUAAAGGUCUGCUUCUCUAGCAGCUGUGAACUUAAGGUGCCUCAUUACUCAUUAGUAACAACUUUUAAGGAAAUUGCUUUUUACUUGGCUCUUAAUCAACAGCUUUCACUCAAACUAUUUUUUUUUUUUUAAUCCGGUGAACUGAUUUCUUUUCACCUCGUUAUGGAAAAUGCGUUAAUUGAAAUGAGUUCCUUUGGUUCUGUCUGUUAUAAUGCCUUAAAUAUGAUCCUGCAUCACCAACUAAUAAUUGGCAGCUCGGAGUGGGGGGAGGAGGGACCAAGAAACCACAUGAAUGUGGCCAAGAGCCAGGAAAGCCUCUAGUGGUCUUGACUUCUCGCUGCCCUUCAUUGACCCAUGAGGAAGGGCUGCUCUGCUGGUGCCCUUACCAUUCCCGGGGAAGCUGAGGAGUUCCAAGAGUUUCCUGAAACAGCAGAUUCAAAUUUAUACAAAUGGAAGUUUUCUGAAAUGAAAAUAUGUGCCGUGUUGGUGCAAAACCAGUGAAAUAUCUUAAUUUUUGGAGGUGGUGGUCUUGGGAUUCACAGGUGACUAUGGAUGUCGGGGAAGGAUGUAAAUGAUGCAUUUGUGCUGCUAAUCUACUUUUUGUCUCAUUUAUUUUAAAAGCUAAUACUAUGACUGCAACUUUGUAGUAAAAGUUUUUGUAUCUUCUAAGUGCAAUAUUUUAAGAAUAAAUUUGCAGUUAUAAAG